AUGGAGUUGUCGGCGUUUGAGUAUAAUCCGUUCGCGGAGGAGGAGGAGGACGAGACGACGGCUUCCACGGAGGUCGCCUCCAGGAAGAGGGGACGCGACGAGGCAGGCAUCGAGGACCCAAAGCGUGAGUGCGCCUCUCGAGGGGCGGCGGCUACUGCCCGGCCGACCCCUGCGCCAGACGCAAUUCCCGCCUCCACCGCCGCUGCCACGGCCAGUAACGAUGGCGUGCCGUUGCAGGAGGAGGCGGAUGCGGGGACGGAUGCAGGUGCGUCCGGCGUGGGACUUCCUCCUCCGGUGGAGGAGCUUCUCACGGGGUAUGAGGAGCGUCAAGAGGAGGAUGAGUUUAAUGCACUAGUGGUGAAGGCUGCGGGUUUGGAGUCUGCGCUGAAAGAGCAGGAAAAACGCUGUAGUGACGAGCUUGACCACAUGUCACAAAACAAUCGGGAACUACGUGAAACCGUGGAGCUCUUAAGGGCGACCAUUCUACGCACACAGGAGGAGAUUGACGGCUUGCGAAAAGCACAGAGUGCGGCACUCACUGAGUGCGACACAAGUCACGGAGCGGUGGAGCUGUUGGGAGACGUUGAGAGGAAGAACGGGGUCCUUCAACGCGCCGUCACAGACCUUACAGAACGGUUGCUAGCACAGGACAGUGACGGCAGCCUCCCUGCCCAUCUCAAGGAACGCCUCGUUUCUUGUAUUCUUGGUGCAACAAUUGAGCUUCCGGACCUUGCAGCGUUCGAUGCAGAGGCAGAAAAACUUCGUUUUAAGCUCUGCGAGGAGGCGAUUGAAAAAAUGCGCGCUGAAGGGGUGGCACAUGCGGCGUUCCCACUCGUGGAGGCACUGGGGGCGAUGCUAGGAGAAGUGGUGGCACGCUAUGACACGACGUACAAAUCCACAAGGGCUCUACAAGCAUGUGUGGAGGCGGAAGCAUCCUCGCUGCGUGAGCUGGCGCGGGGCUCGUUGGAGUGGUACACCCGAUCCGCUAGUCGAGCCCUCGUUGGCGGCAGUGACGCACAUUUUCCUGUGCCUUCAGAGUGGAAGGAGACAGCGUUGGGCAAUCAACACUUGGAGGCCACACUGCGACACUUGGAGUCUGCUUUGCACAAACUGCUGCAGUUGCCCAACGUUAUAGCGGUGUGUAGGCAAAAUGCACCUUCUGUUGCGACGGCCUCCGCCGUUGUUCUUUGCCAGGAGCUUGAAUCUCAUACGGAGGCGCUGGGGCAUGAGGUGCUUCGCUUGCGGAGGCUGCUUGCCACAGGCACGUCGACGCUGCAGCAGUUGAGUGAGAUGCAGGAAACUCAGGAAGCGACCACCUCGGCGACGAAGUCGCGCCACACAUCUGUGAAGGGUGAGUGGCUGCGGACACUGACGAAUAAUUUGUUGGAACGGCUAAGCGGUGCAGAGGCUCUCAGGCGUGCGUUAAAAGAUUCAGUGGAGAGACGAAAGGCUCCGGCAGUGGAGCUGCAACUGGCUUUUUUAAAGAGGUAUGUCGCCUUGCAAGAAACACUGCUGCGGCUGCUCUGUACGUUAAACGGCGCCCUGCAGGAGAGGGUCCAUAUUGUGAGCGCUAUUCGCCAGGUGGCCUUGUGUGACGGCGAUGAUACGGCUGUCGGUGUGCUGGCUGAAAAGGCACUGCAGGAACCUGAAAACGAUAUCGGGGCCCUGGCAGGGGAGUUGGAACUUACCUGCACGGAGUCGUUGCGGAAGUUUGCCGCCGAGGCCUCUGAGUUGUUUCAUGAGGAGGAAGUGCGCGCGCAGCAGAGCACGCUGCAGCUGCACGAGGUUCGCAACUUCUUUGCGGACACCGUUCACACACUGGACCGCAUUGUGUACGGCGCCGCACCAAAGUCAGGGCCCAUUCAAAUACCACUUUCAGAUGCGCUGCUGCCGCGAACGGCAGAGGCGAAUAUGACGCCCUUCGAAAUGGAGCUCAUCCCCUCUGAGGACACGGGCGACGCCUUUGUGCAGAUGGCCUCUACCUACCAUGAACAGGAGUUGCAGGAGGAGGUUGCCACCCUCCAGCGACGAAAUUCGGCACUUAAAGAGUGUUUAAAGUGGCUGUCAAUGCAGCCAUCUCACGGCGCCGUCUUGCGGUUGCGUUCACUACAGAAGCAAAUUGACGCCGUCAGUCAGAAGCUGGCUGGGUUUGCCGAGCAGGAAACGAAAUGGACCGCGCUGAAGAACGAAUUGGCGACCGUCCGCAGGGAGACGUCCGCCGUUCAAGACGACACCGCGGAGAUGCGAGGCAAAUUGAGUGACCUCCGUGAGCGUCUGCGUGCAGGCCCGGAAUCGGGUCUUCCAUAG